CCACGCCUCUUUCGCGGGCCACGCCCUCUAGAGGCGGACCGCGGGAAGGGGCGCGAUGGAUGAAGGUGCGGUGCUCCCCAGAGAAGCGCAUUCGGGAGAGGAAGAUUCUGCGGAUCCCUCGCGGCUCCGCCGCGGGCUCUUACUCCAGAGGAGAAAAUGGAAGCGAGAGCAGCUAAACGGCAGUUUCUCUCAGCCCCUGGAUAUUAUUGAUCUCACUGGAGAAGACAUAGUUGUGAGAACAACAGCAUGCAAUGACUUGGAGAUCAUUGAUCUUACAAAACCUGAGGAGGUCAUGAUCAACUCCCUCCAGAACCAUAGCUGCUUUGCCUGGGACCUGAAGCCGUCAACUUCAGUCUGCCCUGAGCCCAUCUGCUCUCAUAAUGUUCUCUCUCUUGUUGAUGCUGAGAACAAAUGUACUGUGCCAGUGGCCAUGUGGGUUCAGGACCGUGAGCGAUCUUCCCCCAAAGUAGGUGUAGGAAAACCAGACUACCUUCCAAGUAACAGCUUCAUCUGCCAUUCCAACUAUAGUGAGGAAUCUGAAGGCAGCAGUCACACCACUUACAACAGUGAUUUGGGCUCUUUGGAAAGCCCUCAGCUGGAAUCUGAUGUUUUCUCUUUCUCAUCAGGUAAUGAUGGUACUGAACAUCCAAUGCUCUUGGACUGUGUAGAACCUCCCCAGGCUUGCUCAUCUGAAAAAAAACCCAACUUACGGUUCUAUCCCCUGCCUCAAAGACUAUCCCCAAGUCUCCGCUACUCUUCUUUGAACACUGCCAGAUCUGUAGCUGAAGGUGAUCAGCUUUUGCACCAGGCAAAAAAACCACGGCAUGCCAUGGAAUCGAAUGUUCAGGAACAAUCCAAGCGGACUGAUAUCAAGGUCUGGCUGAAAACACUACAGUAUUGCCAUGGAAUCCCUGUACAUCACCCCCUUCUUCAAAAUGUGGUGGAAAAGGAGUCACGAAAGGAUAAAAGACUAAAAGCCCAACCUAUUCCAUUCCGGAGAUUAAACAUGGUGUCCAGCACAAUUGAAGAGAAUUUUUUCCAGGGACCCUUGGAUUUCCUUAUGGACUAUGUAUCUUGUAAAUACUACCCACCAAAAGAAGUCACAACCUAUGUGGUCAGGCAGAUUUUGCUGAGCUCAGAGCAUCAAGAGGGGCAACAGGAGAUACAGAAGGAUGCUUAUAUGUUGUUGAUGAAAAUCCAGGCACUUCAUCCAGCAACAGCUGAUACAGUGGUGUGGGACUGGCAACUGCUAAGUGAGGUCAUGGAAGUGCAGGAAGAGAUGAUUUCUGGCCGAAUCCUCUUCUUGCAGUAUGUGAUACAGACCUUAGAAGAUGACUUCCAAAAGAUGAUCAGGACUGGUGUUCUGCACAGAUCCAUUGCCAAGGCAGUGCUUUCCUGUGACAAGUGCUUCGGAAAUGUCAAGGAAGUGAUUGAAUGGCUAAUAGCUGUGGUCACUGGGGCCAGAAUUUCUCAGCACAAAAAAUGCCUGCAAGAAAUCAAAAAUGUAUCAAUAGGCAAAUCCAAAGGUCAGAGCUGUAACUCCACUCCAGAAGUGUCCUUAAAUGAGACCAUGCAGAAAGAGGAAACCUCCAUACAAUUUCAGAUUCAAAAGGAAGUGGCACUUCUACAAAGGAUGCUUUCAAUAGCAGUUGAAGUGGACAAAUCUCCAAAUUGCAAUGCCAAUAAAAUUGCAGAUAUGGUUUUUUCUUCUCUGUUGAAUAUACCCAAGCGGGGCCAAAGGGACAUGUUCCUGAGCACCAUGGAUUGUCACCUUCUACGAUGCAAAGUGCUGGAGCUUAUUUUCCAACAUAGCUGCUCUAUACCAACCAAACAGCCUUUGUCUUUGACAAAAAUAUUGUAUUUUCUGAACCAUGUUUCCCUGCUGCUAACGUAUCAGGACAGUGAAAAAUUGUGGCAGAGAUGGGAUGAGAUGCUUCAUCAACUGAAUUUAUUGUUGCUGAGUUACCGUACUAUAGUUCUAGAGCAUUUAAGAAACUCAGUGUAUGAACGUAUUAAUUUAAUUAUCAAAGCUGCUAAACCCAAACUACAGUCAAAUGAUUAUAUUGAAAGAAGUGAUAUAAAGCACAGCAUUCACAGCAUCCAGAAAAAGCUCCGCCAAAUUCUGGGACAGCCAAUUCCCUCCCCCAUCCAAGAAAAGAUUGAACUACUCAAGGUAUUGCUUUUCACUGCUAUGGAUAUCUAACCCAUGAAGGAUUGUUGGAUGCUGACAGAUGGACCUCUCCAAGUGUAAUGUGUUCUUUUAAAAAAAUUACAAACUAAGUCUUUUUUCUUUGAUUGCAAUAAAUUGCACUGUAUUAUCAGUCACUGGAUAAGUCAAGAAUUUGUCAAGUUUAUUCUAAAUUUCUGUUAAUACCAGUUUGUCUAGUUUUGUUUCUAUUUAUGUUUUAUACACCUUUUAUAAUAAAUUUUACUAGCUGAAAAGUGGAAUGAGUUUGGUCUUUUUUUUUUUUUAAAGAUUACAGGUCAUUGGAGAUUAGCUAGCUAUACAGAUGUUUGUAUAGCUAGCUUGUACAGAUGUCAAUCCACUGAGAAUGAGUCACGUUCCCAGAUAAAUCUUAGUAGUAGAUAAUACAUGCAGGGCUGAGAGGUUUUACUAUUACAGUUAAUUCUCAAGUUAAUGAUAGUAUUUGGGACCAGCAUUUCUGUCGCCAAGCAAUGUGCUCAUAAAGUGUUAUGUCACAUGACUGCAUUGCUUAGCGACAGCAACAGCAGAACUGCCCAUUGCCAUCAUUAAGCGAGGAUCACGGGUCAUUAAGCAAGUUCCAGGCAGUUGUAAGCAGGCCAGUAGACAGAUAAAGAGGCUGUUCCCAGGCAGGGGAGGGUGUGCAGGUGGCCUGUGAAUGUUGCACAGCUAGGGAUGGCUGCUCUGGAUGGGAGAUGAAGGGAGUGAGUUACUGGAACAACUUAUGGCCUUCCCUGUUGGCUUCCCCAUUGACUUUUCUUGUGGAAGUGAAUAUCACUUGCCCAAAUCACAAGAAUUGUGGAUGCUAGGAUGGCCAGAACCUUGAGGACCAGUCAUAAGUACACUCAAUUCAGUGCCAUCACAUCUUUGAACAAUUACUAAAGAAGUCAUUAAAUAAGGAGUAUUUGUACACUGUGCAAUAACAGCCAUACCUCCAGAUUAAUUCAUGUUUGUUUAUUCUGCAAAAGUAUUAGGCAUAGAGACAUGAGCACAAAAUACUACCAAAUAAAUUAAACAUUAACCAAGAAGCAAGAUCACAGUCUCCCGGGUACAAAUGAUGAGCUGACACAGCACUAUCAAAGCAAUACAGGUCCAAGUUCCAGCUGUUGUGAAGAAAAAUGGAUUGUUAAGUCACUUAAAUAUAGCAGAUAUAGGAAUUUGGAUUUAAUAAGAUAUAAGACCAAUUUAGGACAUAAGAAGGGUUCACGAAAUUCACAAAUCUGGUGUUCAAGAAAAAAAGGUUUUAUUGUAAUGUAAUGCUUCUAAGUUUCCAUUCCCCUGCUGUAAAGUAAUGCCAUUUAGUUGACAUGUAACAUUAGAUUAAAAAAAA